CUUUGAAUGAAGUGGUUGGCAGUGGAUAAGAAGUGGCGGAGCGCCGACAUGUAAACAAAUUUUAAAAACGUGCUGCCAAAAGAAAUUUUACAUGAAAGUUUGUUUUUUUUUUGUUGUUGUACACAAUGGCUACAGUGCAUAGCGUAUAGAUACAAACCGUGAAGAAAUGAAAAUAGGAAAAGCAAAGAAAAUUUAGUGUAUUCCUACAGCAGAAUAAGUAGAAAAGUAGCACUGCAGAUUUUGUAAGCGUAAAUUGUUUAGAUAUUUUUGUUUGUCGAAUCUGAAAUCUGAAGUCAGAAGUCAAACAUUGAGUCGGUCUUUUACUUAAUCAGUUGAAUUAGCGACGAUUUCGUGCUUGCAACAAACAAAGGGCAGUCGGGAGUUUCUGUUAGUUUUUUGUGUGUCAUUAGUGCGUUUUUAAUUUAUCGAUCGAUUUAGCGGGUCGCUGUGUCGGAAGUUUCCUAUGCGGUGUACGAUGAUGACUUCAGGCUCACAUAUGUUAAUUCCUCAUAAAAUCUUGUUGAUCGAAUUUAUUUUGUGUAAAUAAAAGUCCAAUUCAGAUGAUGUAAUUAACAAUAACGAAAUGAAUGCAUUAUUCAGUUAUGAAAAAUGAAAAAUAAGUAAAAUCCUAAUAAAAAUAAUAUGUAUAUAUACAUUUUAAGAUUCGACGUCCAAAAUGCUACAGUGGCUUUGGUUAAAGUAAAUGAAAAUAAGUGUUAUGUUGUGAAAAUAUGCGCUCUGUAUGUUUGUAUGUAAAUGUGUGAGGUAUUGACGAAAUGUGCUUGUGCGAAAAAUCCUACGCUUUUCGAAAGAAAAUAUCUUUUUGUUAAAUGUGAAAGUGAAAGCAGUUCAAAUAUAAACCAAAUUACUACAACAACCAUAACAACAGUCAACCGGUUAGCGCAGCUUCCAAAAUUAAAUUGCGAUGCCAGGACUUGUUGUUUUCAGAAGACGAUGGUCUGUUGGAUCUGAUGACCUUGUGGUACCUGGAGCUUUUCUUUUAGCUAUACAUUUUAUAUGUUUUAUUGUAGUGUUAGUGUCGUUGGUCAUUUUUGAAUAUAACACAUCGGUUUUAAGUAUAAAAUUAUUGUUUUACCAUUUGAUAGGAUACGUAAUUAUAUUAUUUAUUUCUAUAUGUGUGGAAAUAGGAAUUUGCAUUAUAUCUAUGCGUGGGAGCAUACUUGAUUCAGGGGAAAGAGCAACGAUCAAUUUAUGGAUAUAUAUUAAGAGCUUGGUAAUAUUUUUUGAUAUUACAUGGUUAGUCUUAGGUACAAUAUGGCUUGCCAAUUAUUAUAUUAUUGCACCGAUUGAUGGAGCAAAGAAAACAUUUAUUGCAAUUAUUAUCUGUAAUUGGACAUUAGUUUUUAUGACACUUAUAACAAUUUGGUGCACAUUUGAUACCGCUGGCCGCUCUUGGGUUAAAAUGAAGAAAUACCAAAGAUCCAUGCGGGAGACAGAAUCUCGUUUCAAUUACAAACGCAGCGGUAGUAUGAACCGCAACUGGCGUCAACGUAAAGUAAUGCGAGCAUACCAGGACAGCUGGGAUCAUCGCUGCCGCUUGCUAUUUUGUUGUAUGGGUUCGUCGGAACGGAAUCGCAAUUCCUUUACAGAUAUUGCGCGAUUGUUAAGUGAUUUUUUUCGGGAAUUGGAUGUGGUACCGUCCGAUGUGGUCGCCGGUCUCGUUUUAUUACGUAAAUUUCAAAAACUCGAAAGGGAAGCUAUCGUGCGGCAACGCAAAAAUGGCACCUACGAGUUUCUAAGUGGAGUACCAAUUACAGAACGUACACAGUUCCUAGCGUUAAAUGAUGCAAAAAGUUAUGAUUUCUUUCAAACUGUUAUACACUACAUGUACUUUGCCCAAGGUGCUUAUGGGUGGCCAAUGUAUUUCAUAAUAAACCGUACCAAGUUAUGGCAUUUAGUGCCGGAAUUAAAGUGCUUCGGAUGUUGCUGUAAGUACAGCAACGAAACAGAAAUUAUACAGGAUAAUUGUUGUUAUUGUAAUUAUGCCGCCCUAAAGAAGACUUUACAGGUUGGUGACAUCGAAAUAGUGUAUGCCACGUAUCACGUGGAUGUCGGCGAAACACCGUUUUUCGUUGCCAUUGACUACACGCGAAAAAAAAUUGUUGUCAGUAUACGUGGUACGCUGAGCAUGAAGGACAUACUUACAGACUUGAAUGCCGAGGGUGAAGUUUUGCCAUUAUCGCCGCCACGUGACGAUUGGCUCGGCCAUAAAGGAAUGGUGCAGACAGCUAUAUAUAUAAGGAAUAAGCUGCGGGACGAAAAUCUAAUAGAGAAGGCCCUUAAUCUUGACCAAAAUCGAAAUACACACACGUUUGGCCUGGUAUUGGUAGGUCAUUCACUUGGCGCUGGUACGGCAGCUAUUUUAGCUAUACUUAUGAAGCCAGAUUAUCCUUCUUUACAGUGCUUUAGUUACUCACCACCAGGUGGCUUACUAAGUAUGCCAGCGGUGGAGUAUUCCAAAUCUUUCAUCACAUCUGUAGUCUUGGGAAAAGAUCUUGUACCACGUAUUGGCCUCUAUCAGAUGGAAGCGUUACGUGCUGAUUUAAUAAAUGCAAUACAGCGAAGCAUCGAUCCAAAAUGGAAGACGAUAUCCUGUGUUAUAUGCUGUGGCUGUGGUCCUGAGCCUACUUCUGUAGUAGAAAUGUCUGGCAAAGACACUCAUAUCAACCAAUAUCAAGAGCAACGUGAUAGUGCGCGUAGUACUAGCGCUCAUCCAACAGAUAGUUCUAUAGCUUUAACUCUACAUCAACCAUUAUAUCCACCCGGCCGUAUAAUACACAUCGUGCGGCAUCAUCCUAAACCAAACGAGCAAAAGUACGACAGCGGUUGGAGAAAUGUGUUGAAAAGCCGCGAACCAGUUUAUCAAGCCAUUUGGGCUGAUUCCACAGAUUUCGAUGAAGUACUUAUUUCGCCAGUGAUGCUGCAGGACCAUAUGCCCGAUAAGAUUCUAGCUGCUCUGAAAAAGGUUGUAACGACGAGUGGACCACGUAAGCCUCAACGCCAAACUUCUAACGCUUUUUCCACAACUUCCAACGAAAUUGAAUCCGAACACGUGAUAACUACAACUCCUUUAGAUUAUAAGUACAUAAACAAUCAGAAACCAGCGCACAGCUCGUGUUCCAAUCUGAGCAAUGUUGCUAUUCUGACUCCUACAGCGCAACGGAAGGUAUGUUUAGAGACCUCAUUUACUAAUCUGCAAAGCCCAAUUGAGCAGAAUUUAGCUAACCAGUAUACGAACAGCUUUGGUGGACCAGACUCUAGUAAAGCAUCUUCAAUAGCUGGCAGUUUAUUUGGUAGAAGCUUAACACCCUAUGACAUAUCAAGUGUAGUUGAUGAUAGUACUACAGUUACGCGAAGAAGUCCUUCUGUUGUCAGUGAAACUGCCACUGUAAUUGUAAAUGAACCUGAACGCCUUAAAAUUGUUGCAUUUGAUAUGAAUAUUCAUGAUGUAGAAACCAAGUCACCAUCACCACAAAUGCCUCCAAAAGGCAUUUUACAACGACAGUUCUCCACGCGCUACGAAAAAAAACCGAAAUCUUCAGUUAUUGCGUCUUUACGUAGAGCGUCUGAUGUGCCAAAUCCAGAUGUUGUGCAAGACGAUUGGUUGGGGUUAGCACCGUUAGCUAGUCCGGAGACAUUGUCCGAAAUAUCUAGUAUAUCAUCUCGAACGAGUGCCCCGAUUAGCUUAGCCAACAGCAUUGAGAGAUACUUGCAUAAUAUAACUAUUAAUGAAAAUGGAAACAAAACAAUGUUAGAGGAUAUUUUUGAAUCUCAGCUGCAUACGCCAAAAAUAAUGCGUAGAGCUCCAAAAUUUUCCGAAAAUUUGGCGACAUGUGCAGAAGAUAGUAAAAAAGUUGAUCAAUACAAACGCAUGGGUCGGGUGUUUGUAACAUUUCCGCGGUUGUUUAAUUUGAACCAGCAAGGAAGUUUUGAUUCAAGCGAAGAGAGUUUCGAGUCCGCACAAAGUCUUACUCGCGUUAGAGAUAAAAGCGAAGCAAAUAAAGGUGAUAGUUGCAUAAAUAACCACACCUUACCACAAAAACAAAAUUCUAAAUCAGCUGACCAGUUAGAUGAGGAUACAAUACAACUAGAGGUUCCAACGAGGAAACUCACAUUUAGUGAUAGUGAAAUUCUAAGUAAUGAUGACUGUGCUAGUAAUUGUCCAAGCUGCUCCUGCCAUAACGACGAUACAACGAACAAGAAUAUUUGUUGUCGACGUAGUACACACGAACAGUGUGCUUUGCUUGUAUCAAGUCUGGGCAGUAAUACUACUGGCUCAGUCGACACAACCUACUACAGUGCCAAUUCAUCAAUUGAACAAUUUUUAACGCCGGCCAGAAAUGUUACAGACUUUAUUUCUAGCAAUGGUUGCACAAACUAUAAUAUAUUGAAUGAAAGUGUUGCCAUUAAACCGGGAGUGUUGGAGUCGCACUUUCCGGUGUACUAUGAUGACCAUUGCAAUGAUGACAAAGAUGUUUUACUUCCUUCAAAUCAUUGUUCAACUACGACUGUUAACAUUACCAAACCGUCCACUCCUCGUAAGGAUGUCGUUGGAGGGCGAGUGCGCAAGAGGCUUUCCUCUGAAGAGUUUAUAUUUACCCGCGCAGAUGAUCUUCCAUUACUAGUACAAAUUGCCGAGAAAUCCGGCUGCAGUUCACCAAUGGGACGAAGACGAAAGGGUUGCGUUUAUCCAGCAGAGAGCAAUGUGCGAAUACCACAAAUUACUACAAAGUUUCUUAGUGAAUCCUUUAGCAAAUGUUCAAACAACAAAAAUAGUGAAAGUAGUGUUUAAAAUUAAGAAGUAGUAUGUACCUAAUUUUACCAAAACGUUUUCAUAAUGAGAAAAAUAAAUUAGA